GCCUUCUCGCAACAUUUCGCAAUUCAUCACGCCUGGCUCAACCACUUCGCAAGCGCAACGUAUCUUCAACACCUCUGUUUGGAGAAGUGACGCUUCUCACCUCUAGUGGACUCACAAUAUAAUGACAGAUACGGGCGAGUCCUCUCUGAGAGAACAGUGGAAUCGGUGGAACUCGACACACACCACCAGCUCAUCGGGUGUGAAUGAAGGUGCAAAGACGUUCUUCAGUGGGUGGGCGGAGACUUUGAACAACACGGCCAACGAUGUGUACAACAGGCUGCCAUUGACACAACAAGAUGCCGAUUCCGUCGCACAACAGGAGCCAGAGUGGUUCACGCUCUCACGGUUCGAGCGUCUUAUGGGGUUUAUCGCGUGUCUUCUCGGCUCCGCGGUUUGUUUCACCAUUUCCUUCUUGCUGUUCCCAGUAUUGGCCCUCAAGCCACGGAAAUUUGGACUGUUGUGGUCUUUAGGGUCUUUGCUCUUUGUAAUAUCGUUCGGGUUGCUACAAGGUCCCGUGGCUUACUUCAAGCACCUCACGUCAUCCUCGAGACUUCCCUUCACGGUGCUAUUCUUCUCCUCGGUGAUAUUGACUAUAUACUUUGCCGCCGUGGUCAAAUCCACCAUUUUAACCUUGAUCUCCAGCGUAUUCGAAGUCGUGGCAAUCAUAUACUACACGGUCAGUUACUUCCCCUUCGGUGCUCAGGGUUUACGCAUGGCGACCGCUGUUGGUGCAAGGCAAAUAGGCUCAUUCGCUGGUUUCUGAUCCUAUGAGUCCCCGCCUAAGCGCCUCUCUCGAACUACUAAGCACACAGUCUAUGAUCAACACACAGUCUGUGAUCAACACACAGUCUAUGAUGAACACACAGUCUAUGAUCAACACACAGUCUAUGAUCAACACUCAGUUCAUGUGAUAAAUACACGCUCAUCGUAUCCGCAUACGCAUCACCAGUUGAAUCCACC